UGUGGCUUUGGUGUAACUAUUUCAGAAAUUCCGUUUUAACUAAGGUUUGAUUUUGUCACCAAGAAGUUUCCAGGAGGAUGAUACCGAGGAAUUUGUGAACUUGAUAAGUUUGAGUAUACACUGGAUUAAGGAAAGGUGAAAACAGUAGUGGAGAGGGUUUAGCAGAAUCCUGGUUUGAGAGUAUGUGGUACUGACUCUUGUAAAAGACAUAUUCACAGAACAAAGAAAUGAAGGAGAUAACCUACCCACAGAUCUUGAGAGCAGCCUGAGCAGGUAUUAGAGACACCACUAUGGCUGCUACAGUGAACUUGGAGCUUGAUCCCAUUUUUCUGAAAGCCCUGGGCUUCUUGCAUUCAAAGAGUAAGGACUCUGCAGAAAAGCUGAAAGCGCUUCUUGAUGAGUCUUUGGCCAGAGGAACUGAGUCAAGCUAUCGUCCAUCUCAGAAGGAAGCAGAGCAACCAAAAGUAUCUGUUACCAAACCUAUUAAGCAAGAGCCUAAAGCUUCUUCUAGUUUGCCCUCCGGCAACAACAAUGGCAAGCCCACUGCAUCAGAAAAGGUGAAAAAAGAAACAGAAAAGAGAUCUACUGAUAAGACAAAAGGGGAUACUGCUGAAGGACCUGAUGCACCAAAGAAGCCCAAAGUAGAGAAGCAAGAGGCUCGUUCCUCUCCUAUUACAGUUCAGACGAGCAAGGAUUUAUCCAUGCCUGAUUUAUCUAGCUUUGAGGAAACCAGUGCUGAUGACUUUGCUAUGGAAAUGGGAUUGGCCUGUGUUGUUUGCAGGCAAAUGACAGUUACUUUUGUGAAUCAGCUAGUGGAGUGUCAGGAGUGCCAUAAUCUCUACCACCAGGAUUGCCAUAAACCUCAGGUGACAGACAAGGAAGUGAAUGAUCCUCGACUUGUAUGGUAUUGUGCCCGCUGUACCAGGCAGAUGAAGAGAAUGGCUCAGAAGACACAAAAGCCACCUCAAAAACCAGCUCCUGCAGUGGUGUCAGUUGCACCAGCUUUGAAGGAUCCAUUGGUCAAGAAGCCAGAAAUUAAGUUAAAACCUGAGACCCCACCAGCUUUUCUAGCAUUCAAGAGAACAGAAGUCAAGACCUCAGCAGCAGUUUCGGGGAACUCUGCCAGUACAAGUGUUUCCUCUUCAGCAACAAGUGGCCUUACAGGAUGGGCUGCUUUUGCAGCCAAAACCUCCUCUGCCAAUCCAUCAACUGCCAAACUGGGAUCAACAACACAGAGUGCCAGUGGGAAACCAGCAGCUUCUUCAAAUAACCAGAAACCUGUGGGUUUGUCAGGGUUGGCAACUUCAAAAACAGGACUAGGGUCAAAAAUAGCUUCUGCCAACAACAGCACAAACCCUGUUCAGCUGAAACCUCCUCCACCUCUGACACUGGGGAAAACCACCCUGAGCCGCUCAGUGAGCAGCGACAACGUCAGCAAAGUGGGUCUCCCGAGUCCCAGCAGCGCCACACCAAGCACCAGCAGCCAGGGGAGCAGCGGGAACGGCAACAGCGGGAAUUCAGGGAACAGCGGGGGCAGCACGAGUAAAACCACUGCGGAUACUGGUAAUCAGUCAGCCUCCCUAAAGGGCCCAACUUCUCAGGAAUCUCAGCUCAAUGCUAUGAAAAGGUUACAGAUGGUCAAGAAAAAGGCUGCUCAAAAGAAACUCAAGAAGUAGUGCGUCUGCUUGCUAAUUUUGUUGGUUAUGUUCUAUGAAACAGCAGCAUUGGUGUUUUUGUUAAAGAAAAUCCCCUAGUUACUGGACUGAAAUGGAGGUUAAAUCAGGGAAGCCCAAAACUCAUGUUUUACAGGAGGUCAAACUUCAAUAAUUCUGAUAUUCCUUCUGCCUUGUAAAUCUGUGAAUUGAGUAUGUUGGAGGAAUUCAUUAUUAUAUGCUCCUGUUUCUGUAGCUCAAAGCACUGAAACUUGAAAUUGUAAAAGUUGGGUAUUUUUGAAUAUUAAAAAACCCACAUUUAUGGGGACACUUAAUAAAAUGAACUUUCUGAAACCAUGAUUCUUAUAUGUUAAUAAUAAAAGGAUUAUUAAUCUGGGAA